CGAAUGUCAUAGGUUCCAACAGUAUGUCAAAAAUGCUUUGACGUGUCGUGUAGGGUUGAUAUAAUUUUUGGGAAUAUAACUAUUUAAUGCAAUGAUUUCGUAUAAUUAAGUUUUAACUGUAUUUUAAUAUUGAAGGACGGCUUUAUAAAAAAUGGAUUUUUUUAAGAGCGGUCUAAAGACCGUUCUCGGAGCUCCGGAACCUGGCCACCAGCCUUCGGGAGCCGAGAUCGUUGAGCGCCUAGUGGACCGUGUGAACAACUCGACCCUGCUGGAGGAUCGGCGCGACGCAUGCCGCGCGCUGAAGGCGAUGUCGCGCACCUACCGCGUCGAGGUCGGCGCGCAGGGCAUGGACACCCUCAAACAGGUGUUAGAACUAGAUCGAGCAGACAACGAGACUAUAAACUACGCAUUAGACACGCUCAACAACGUCAUGUCGCCCACACAGUUCGAGGAGGAGGAGAACAACCCCCGCGUGCCCAUGAACAUCGGCGAGCAGUUCACCGAAAUGUUCAUCAAAGACCACCACAACAUACAGCUAGUGCUAGACCUCUUAGACGAAUAUGACUUCAGGGUUAGGCUGUCCACCGUACAACUUCUCACCUCACUCCUCACAAAUAGACCAAAAGACAUUCAAGAAAUCAUUCUAGUGAAGCCUAUGGGUGUCUCCAAAAUGAUGGAUCUUUUAGGUGAUACUAGAGAAGUGAUUAGGAAUGAAACAUUGCUACUCUUAAUUAAAUUAACGAAAGGGAAUGCUAAUAUACAGAAGAUCGUGGCCUUCGAAAACGCAUUCGAUAGACUGUUUGAAAUCGUGUCCACGGAGGGUUACUCCGACGGAGGAAUCAUUGUCGAGGACUGCCUGUUGCUCAUGUUGAAUCUUUUAAAAAACAACAGCAGUAACAUCAACUUCUUCAAAGAAGGCAGCUACAUCCAGAAGAUGCUGCCGAUGUUCAACACUCCCGAGGAGACCGAGGAAGCUGGCUGGUCGCCGCAGAAGGUCUCCAAUGUCCAUUGCAUGCUGUUAAUUGUUAGGACUUUAGUUUCGCCUAGCAACUCAGCACAAAUUAUCACAAGCUGCCAGAAAAUUAUGAAGAAUGUUGGUCUGUUGGAUGCUCUCUGUAACAUUUUGAUGUCGAGUGGGGUUCCCGCUGAUAUCCUGACGGAGACGAUCAACACGGUGGGUGAGACCGUGCGGGGAGAGGUCACCAACCAGGAGUUCCUGGGGAAUGUGAUGGCGCCCUCUAACCCGCCGAGACCAGCUAUCGUAGUGCUCUUGAUGUCUAUGGUCAAUGAGAAGCAGCCAUUUUCAUUAAGAUGUGCUGUCCUCUACUGCUUCCAAUGCUACUUAUACCACAACGAGAUGAGCCAAGCGGGUCUCGUACAGACUCUUCUACCGUCAUCAACGGACAUGUCUUGUUUAACAAGCGGCCAGCUUCUGUGCGGAGGACUGUUCUCAUCCGACGUGCUCUCCAACUGGUUCUCCGCCGUAGCCCUGAUGCAUGGCCUCAUAGAGAACCCCGUGCAAAAGGAACAGUUGCUCAGAGUGUUGCUAGCCACGAAUAUUGGUAGCUCGCCGGUGUCGCUGCUGCAUCAGUGCACGUUACUGCUCCAGCAGACUACCAAACUGAAAUCGAAGGUGGCCCUGCUAAUGCUGCUGUCGCAGUGGAUGAGCCACUGCCCCGCGGCGGUGGCGGCGUUCCUGCGCGCGCCGGGCGGCGUGGGCUGGCUGGUGGCGCAGACCUGCGCCAACGAGCACGACGACAACGAGGUGCUGCUGCAGGGGCUCUGCGCGCUGCUGCUCGCCAUCUGCUUACACUUCAACGACGACUCCGUCGAGAACUACUCCAAGGAGUCGCUCCGGCAGCUGCUGACGAAGCGCAUCGGCCUGGAGGUGUUCUCGUCCAAGCUGAGCGAGGUGUCCCGCCACGAGCUGUACAACAAGGCGGCCAAGCACCCGCAGCUGCGCGCCAAGCUGCCCGCAGACGUGCUCAUCGACUACGAGUUCUGUCGCCUCUUCAAAGUACUUGAGAGCGUCCUGAUCCAGAGCCUGUCCGGGCCGCAGCAGAACGGCGCGUCGUCCCCGGCGCCGGAGCGCGGGUCCCCGGACAGCGGCACGCUGGAGCAGUACAAGACGCUGAUCCGCCAGCAGGACGCGCGCCUGCAGGAGCUCAUGGCGCAGCUGGAGGGCCUGCUGCAGCAGAACCAGUCGCUACAGGGAGCCCUAAACGACUCACUAUCAGCAAAUUCUCUUCUGAAAGACGAGAACACUCUUUUAAAAGCACAAGUGUCAGCCGCCAAGUCCGUACCAAGUGGCGUCCAAGUACCAACUCCGAGUCAGGACGACGUCAGGGUGGAGUAUGAGGCCAAGCUGCAGACCUUGGCGGCUGAAGUGGCGCGGCUGAGUAGCGAGCUGAAGACCAGCCAGGAGGGACAGAAGAGCAUGGGCGAGGAGUUGGAGAAGAUGAGGAAGGAUCAGGAUGAUCUGUUGGAGUUGCUUGCUGAUCAGGACACAAAACUGAACGACUACAAGCUGCGCCUGCUGUCCCUGGGCCAGGCUGUGGACGACGACACGCCGGCGCCCGCGCAGCCUCCCACAUGAUACCCACCACAUCUGCAGCUCAUCUCCACGUACCGCUGUCCUCACACCAGACCAACGUUGUACUGAACUUGGUGUAAGACCAGCUUAAUAAGACCUCUUAAUUCAGGAUUGAAGGCCUAGACAGUGUUACAUCGUAUUAGAUUAGAAAACGACUAAAAUACUUCAAAUGUAUUGGAAUGACAUUCCUUCUCGACAAGUGACGUGACUUUGACUUGUCAGUUCAAUACAUUGGUGCAGUUCAGUAGCGAUAGGAGAUAUGUAACUUGUCCACAGGCCCUGUUGUUGCGGAAGCAAGACGCAGUUACGCUAAUUGUUUUGUUGUCUCGCUUCCACAUUAACAAAAGAUCUUCCUAAGAUGAGAGGUCAAAAUAAAAUGAGUUCGUGUGUUUAGAAGCUGCGGUAAAGACAAUAGUAGAGGAUUACAAUAGAAGUUGUGAUGUUAACAAUAUGUAUGAAAUAUUUGAAUAUAAAUGAUUUUGUAUAGAAUAAAUAACGUUCACGAUAUAAUGGCAUGGAGUAUGUAUAGGAAAUGAAUGCUUCUUGCUAUUUGUACAAUAUAGGAAAGACUUGUUUCUGAAUAUGCUGCCUUUUAGGAAUUUAACGUUUACAAAGCAUGUUUACUUUGUCUAGUCGCCGAUAUUAAGUCCGAUCGAUUUAGUUCAUCCCAAUUGCGACUGUAAAAAUCAAAGAAACGAUUUAUGUUUAUAUAGAAUGCAAUCUUAAUACUACAUUACGUAACUUAUUAAGAAAUAGCUUGGUUUGAGUAUAAAAAUAGAAGGAUUGCCGAUUUUUUAAAUGUAAUAUCAGGUUUAGAUUAGAAAUACAUAGUGACCUGGUUCUACAUUGAACAUUGAAAAUAUUUCAUGUUUUAUAUCAUUAUAAUACAAAUAGGCCUAGCAACAUUUUUAUAAGAUGUGGUAAAAUAAUCAGGGAAGUUUGACUCUCAAUAUUUUCUUCUCACUAAUAAAAUUGACUUGACCAACUGAACGUAAAGUUACAUCUACAGUGUGUGUGAAUAAAUGAAAUUGUUAGAGUAGGUAGCUUACAAAGAGGUUUGAACACACGAUUUAACUUAAUGUUACCAGUUAAAUAAUACUUCUAUGACAGAUGUAAAAAUACUGUUCUCCUAUUAUUGUCUGGCAAUCUAAAUAUAAAUAUAAUAGGUUAAAGAUUAAUAUUUUCUUCUUUUCCAUUAAGUAGUCCGCGACAAUUAGCGGUGUAUAUUGUAUGUGUUAUAUCAAUUAAUAUAUUUCAGUAAUAUAUUUCGACAUUGUGUAAAGAUAUUGUGAUUGAAUUGUAAAAAUGUAUUAAUAAAAUGUUACGCUGAUUUUGUUUGUA